UAAAAAAAGAGACGUUUAUCCUUUUUGAAAACGAAAUCCAUAAUCAUUACCAACAAGAAGCUCUCGUUUCAGUCAGUUUCUUUUAAAAAAUAUAAAAUAAACAGAAAAAAUAAAUACUGUACAGAAAUAGUUCAUCAGCUGAAUAGUAAUUAGAUAGCAUGCGCUUUCUCUCUCUGCUCUGCUAAACUCUUAAUUAAAUCCCCCUGACGCUGAUUAAAAGCUCUUCUCUGACGUUUUUCACGCCUAUACUUCUAAAUUCAGUCUCAUAUUCAAAUUUGAUUCUCAUUGCCUGAAAAGCCCAUUGUUCUAAUAAUCCACUGAGACACUUAAUUUUCAAAUCAUACCUCGGGUAGAUUUUGUAAUGGAUAUGGAUUACAAGGACAGCUCUGGAAAGGGAGGCAGCAAUGGCGGCAUAUUGGAACUUCUCUCAUCUUCAGAAGUGGCACAGGACAUACCUCAAAUGCCUGACAGCAAUCUGCUGUACUCUUCUGUCGAGUGUUUCUGGAUCGGCCUCCUCGUCCUCUUCCUCUCCCUGGUGGGAACAGUGGCCAACUGCGUGGUGCUGGCCAUGUUCGUGUCCAGAAAAGAAAAACAGAUGUCCGACCACCUCAUCAUCUACAUGACGUCACUCGCCCUCCUCGGCUGUUCAGUGCAGAUGCCAAUGCAAUAUUUCCUACUUUUCAAUGCACACGACCCCAUAAUGGGCUGUAAUGUCUUCUCCCCCACCCAGUACUUCCUGUGUUUCCACGUGGAGGUGGCGUCUGCAUUCGCUCUGGUGCUGAUCGCAUUCGACAGAUUCGUGGCCGUGUGUAGACCUUUCUACAGAGGAGUGACCCCCCUGAGAGUGACUAUCGCUCUAGUCACAUCCAACGCAGUCGCUGCUCUACUCAGCACUGCUGUAAUCGUUCCAAUGCUGAAGGGGAAAUACUGGCUAGUGGGUGAUUUUGCGCACGCAGUGCACGGGUUUCUACUUGCGUGCAUGCUUCUAUUGAUAACUGGACUCUACGGGUACACAAUUUACACCGUGCACAAAAAAUCACUGGACAUGGAAAAAGCCAAGGCGCAAUCACAUCUUGCUCCCAGUGCUAGUAAGAAUUCGGAGGCAAUUGGUUCAUCUAGCGCGGCUACAAAAAGAAGCAGGAAAGUGGCAGAGGUUCGAGUGAACGUUCAACCGGCCGUGGAUGAAAAGAAAGAUGAUGGUAAAGCAGGCGCGAACUUAAACGGGACAGAAGAACACGAGUCUUGUCAGAACGACAAUUUGCUCCAAGCUGUUCCAUCACCCUCCUCGUCCAUCCUCCCAGUUCCACUGUCCAACCGUAAUCACAAGAACUAUUUGGGGUCCAAGACAUACAAGAACAGUACCCAGUCGUCCACAGGAUCCAGAAGCAGCACCUUGCCCUACAUAAAGACCCCCUCCCAACAACCCAACCCCGCCUCUGCCAGGAAACGAAGAGUACUCUACACUGUAGUGGCCAUCACUUUUCUGUAUGUAGUCUGCUUCAUACCCGGUUCGAUGCUCAGUCAGGUCAUGUAUUGGGACGCCAGCAUUCUGCUCGAGGCUUCCCCUCUAGGAGGUGCAGUUAUCAGGUAUGUCCAGCUUCUGUUCAACCUCAACUUCGUUUUGUCGCCAUUCGUGUACGCAGUGAUGGCAGAGAGGUUUCGAAAGGAUCUGGCCGAUGUCUGGGCCUCCCUUAAGCAACACAUCCCCAUCCGGUUUGCUCGACUGAUUACCCGAGCCACAAGAACCCCUCAAUCACAAACUCGAGUGGGAAGACCAAGCACUUCAGUCUCGGUAAAAGUUGAGACAAAAAUAUCAACCACUGUCUGAGCGCGGUGGCUAAUUUUAUAUUGAUGUAUUUUCCUAGCUUAUCAUUAUAUGAUGAGUUUUUGUUGAAAGAUUUUUAUUCAUUAUUUAAUCUCCUGCAUAAAACUCCAUGAAAUUUUGCUCUGUAAAAGUAGAUUGCAAGCUGACAGACUAUUUCUAAG